AUGAAUCACGCUCUACCAAAAAAGAUGCGAACGACGUGUCAGUGCGACCGGCUCACCUGCCGCCUUGUUUCCCAGUUUGGUGAAGUAUCAAAACUGUUGAGGCCAGUCAUGCUAAAUAUGGCGAUGACUUUGAUUGCUUGGAUUUAUGUCUACAAAAUGAAGACUGACGAACGGCUUUCGGCGAUGUUUCUUAUGAGUGGAAAUAGUACCACCGGCAACAAGUACCAUGAUGGCAUUGAGGGUAGAACCCUCACGCGCGAACGCUGGGGUGAUACUAUGUUAUGCCGUAGAGGUAUCAGUAUACGAGUGCGCAUUGUUAACAGCGCUAAGAAACUGCUUGCACAUGAGAAAUCGCAUGGAGCAAUUUUGCAUCGGAAAUGCAGGAAAGAUUUUGUUGAAUAUCUAAAGAGACAUUUGAAUGGAGCAUGCAAAUGA